UCUGAAUGAGCCGCAGCUGUCAGGGAGCCCCGCGCCCCGCGCAGUGCAGGCUGCAGGCGUCGCGCCGAGGACGCUGCCGCUCUGGCUCGCCGCCCCCCGCCGCUGCUGCACACCGGAACCCGCCACCGCGCCGCGGGACAUGGACCUGCCCAGGGGCCUGGUGGUGGCCUGGGCGCUCAGCCUGUGGCCAGGGUUCACAGACACCUUCAACAUGGACACCAGGAAACCCCGGGUCAUUCCAGGCUCCAAAACCGCCUUCUUUGGCUACACAGUACAGCAGCAUGAAAUCAGUGGCAAUAAAUGGCUGGUCGUGGGUGCCCCGCUGGAAACCAACGGCCACCAGAAGACGGGGGAUGUGUACAAGUGUCCGGUCAUCCACGGGAACUGCACCAGACUCAACCUGGGAAGGGUCACCCUGUCCAACGUGUCCGAGCGGAAAGACAACAUGCGCCUCGGCCUCAGUCUCGCCACCAACCCCAAGGACAACAGCUUCCUGGCCUGCAGCCCCCUCUGGUCUCAUGAGUGUGGGAGCUCCUACUACACCACAGGGAUGUGCUCAAGAGUCAACUCCAACUUCAGGUUCUCCAAGACUGUGGCCCCAGCUCUCCAAAGGUGCCAGACCUACAUGGACAUCGUCAUUGUCCUGGAUGGCUCCAACAGCAUCUACCCCUGGGUGGAGGUUCAGCACUUCCUCAUCAACAUCCUGAAGAAAUUUUACAUCGGCCCAGGGCAGAUCCAGGUUGGAGUUGUGCAGUAUGGAGAAGACGUGGUGCAUGAGUUUCACCUCAAUGACUACAGGUCUGUAAAAGAUGUGGUGGAAGCUGCCAGCCACAUUGAGCAGAGAGGAGGAACAGAGACCCGGACGGCAUUUGGCAUCGAAUUUGCACGCUCAGAGGCUUUCCAGAAGGGCGGAAGGAAAGGGGCCAAGAAGGUGAUGAUUGUCAUCACAGAUGGGGAGUCCCACGACAGCCCAGACCUGGAGAAGGUGAUCCAGCAAAGCGAGAGAGACAACGUAACAAGAUACGCAGUGGCCGUUCUGGGUUACUACAAUCGCAGGGGGAUCAAUCCGGAAACUUUUCUAAAUGAAAUCAAAUACAUCGCCAGUGACCCCGACGACAAGCAUUUCUUCAAUGUCACGGAUGAGGCUGCCUUGAAGGACAUUGUCGAUGCCCUGGGGGACAGAAUCUUCAGCCUGGAAGGCACCAAUAAGAAUGAGACCUCCUUUGGGCUGGAGAUGUCACAGACAGGCUUUUCCUCACACGUGGUGGAGGACGGGGUUCUGCUGGGAGCCGUCGGUGCCUAUGACUGGAACGGAGCUGUGCUGAAGGAGACCAGUGCCGGGAAGCUCAUUCCUCUCCGCGAGUCCUACCUGAAAGAGUUUCCAGAUGAGCUCAAGAACCAUGCUGCCUACCUGGGGUACACAGUCACAUCGGUCGUGUCCUCCAGGCAGGGGCGGGUGUACGUGGCUGGAGCCCCCCGGUUCAACCACACGGGCAAAGUCAUCCUGUUCACCAUGCACAGCAACCGGAGCCUCACCAUCCACCAGGCUCUGCGGGGCCAGCAGAUAGGCUCUUACUUCGGGAGUGAGAUCACCUCGGUGGACAUCAACGGCGACGGCGUGACUGAUGUCCUGCUCGUGGGCGCACCCAUGUACUUCAGCGAGGGCCGCGAACGAGGCAAGGUGUACGUCUAUGAGCUCAGACAGAACCGGUUUGUUUAUAACGGGACGCUGAAGGAUUCGCACAGUUACCAGAAUGCCCGAUUUGGGUCCUCCAUCGCCUCGGUGCGAGACCUCAACCAGGAUUCCUUCGAUGACGUGGUGGUGGGAGCCCCCCUAGAGGACAACCACGCGGGGGCCAUCUACAUCUUCCACGGCUUCCGGGGCAGCAUCCUGAAGACGCCAAAGCAGAGAAUCACUGCCUCAGAGCUGGCUACCGGCCUCCAGUAUUUUGGCUGCAGCAUCCACGGGCAACUGGACCUCAAUGAGGAUGGGCUCAUCGACCUGGCAGUGGGCGCCCUUGGCAACGCUGUGAUUCUGUGGUCCCGCCCUGUGGUUCAGAUCAAUGCCAGCCUCCACUUUGAGCCCUCCAAGAUCAACAUCUUCCACAGGGACUGCAAGCGAAGUGGCAGGGAUGCCACCUGCCUGGCCGCCUUCCUCUGCUUCACGCCCAUCUUCCUGGCACCCCAUUUCCAAACGACAACUGUUGGCAUCAGAUACAACGCCACCAUGGACGAGAGGCGGUAUACACCGAGGGCCCACCUGGACGAGGGCGGGGACCAAUUCACCAACAGGGCCGUUCUGCUCUCCUCCGGCCAGGAGCUCUGUGAGCGGAUCAACUUCCAUGUCCUGGACACUGCUGACUACGUGAAGCCAGUGGCCUUCUCAGUGGAAUAUUCCCUGGAGGACCCUGACCACGGCCCCAUGCUGGACGACGGCUGGCCCACCACUCUCAGAGUCUCGGUGCCCUUCUGGAACGGCUGCAAUGAGGAUGAGCACUGCGUCCCUGACCUUGUCCUGGAUGCCCGGAGUGACCUGCCCACAGCCAUGGACUACUGCCAGAGGGUGCUGAGGAAAGCCGCACAGGACUGCUCCGCAUAUAUGCUGUCCUUCGACACCGCGGUUUUCAUCAUAGAGAGCACACGCCGGCGCGUGGCGGUGGAGGCCACACUGGAGAACAGGGGCGAGAACGCGUACAGCACGAUCCUGAAUAUCUCACAGUCAGCAAACCUGCAGUUUGCCAGCUUGAUCCAGAAGGAGGACUCAGACGGCAGCAUCGAGUGCGUGAACGAGGAGAGGACGCUCCAGAAGAAAGUCUGCAAUGUCAGCUACCCCUUCUUCCGGGCCAAGGCCAAGGUGGCUUUCCGUCUCGAUUUUGAGUUCAGCAAAUCCAUCUUCCUGCACCACCUGGAGAUCCAGCUCGCUGCAGGCAGUGACAGUAACGAGCGGGACAGCACCAAGGAAGACAACGUGGCCCCUCUGCGCUUCCACCUCAAAUAUGAGGCUGACGUCCUCUUCACCAGGAGCAGCAGCCUGAGCCACUACGAGGUCAAGCCCAACAGCACGCUGGAGAGAUACGAUGGCAUCGGGCCUCCCUUCCACUGCGUCUUCAGGAUCCAGAACCUGGGCUUGUUCCCCAUCCAUGGGGUGAUGAUGAAGAUCACUGUCCCCAUCGCCACCAGGAGUGGCAACCGCCUGCUGAUGCUGAGAGACUUCCUCACUGACCAGAUGAACACAUCCUGUAACAUCUGGGGGAACAGCACUGAGUACCGGCCCACCCCAACGGAGGAAGACUUGAGUCGUGCUCCACAGCUGAAUCACAGCAACUCUGAUGUAGUCUCCAUCAACUGCAAUAUACGGCUGGACCCCAACCAGGAAAUCAAUUUCCAUCUACUGGGGAGUCUGUGGCUGAAGUCCCUAAAAGCACUCAAGUACAAAUCCGUGAAAAUCAUGGUCCACGCAGCCUUGCAGAGACAGUUUCACAGCCCCUUCAUCUUCCGUGAGGAGGAUCCCAGCCGCCAGAUCGUGUUUGAGAUCUCCAAGCAAGAAGACUGGCAGGUCCCCAUCUGGAUCAUUGUGGGCAGCACCCUGGGGGGCCUCCUGCUGCUGGCCCUGCUGGUCCUGGCACUAUGGAAGCUCGGCUUCUUUAAAAGUGCCAGGCGCAGGAGGGAGCCUGGUCUGGACCCCACCCCAAAAGUGCUGGAGUGAGGCUCCGGAGGAGAAUUUGAGUUGAUGGGGGCCAGGACACCAGUCUAGGUGGUGUGCAGGCCCAGGCCUGCAGCCCCGCCAAGCUGAAGCGGAGAGGAAGCCAGCUGGCUUUGCACUUGACCUCAUCUCCUGAGCAAUGGCACCUGCUCCCUCCAGAAUGGAACUCAAGCUGGUUUUAAGUGGAAUCGCCCUACUGGGAGGCUGGGACACCUUCAACACAGAUCCCUAGGGAUUUAAAGGGACACACCCACCCCAAGUCUUCCCUCAAACUCUGUGGAGGGCAUUUGCUGCCCCAGCUACUAAGGUUCUAGGAAUUCGUCAUCAUCCCCAUCCUCCAAAGAAAGCUAGGGAGGAAGACCAUAAAUACGAACUCAAUCUGCACACUCCAGGUCUCUAAUUCCAGAAGGACCCAAGACAGAACAGAUCUAAAUUCUGCCCUUUUCUCUCACCCUCCCACCCCUCCAUUGGCUCCCAGGUCUCACCCACCCCCCUCCCCAUAGACAGUCCCCUAAGGCUCCCCAAGAAUGCACCCAAGCCCAAGGGCUUGAUGGUGAUAGCCACAAGCCAGGGAUGAAAAGACUCUGAGAUGCAAAGACUAAUAGCCAGGCAAGUGGGACCAGGAUACCACACACUGCCCUGACAUGAGAGGCAGACGGGCACUGCACCCACGUGCAUUCCCAUUGACCACAACGCACACGUUCCCACACCAGCUGCAGCCCCUCGCUCUCAGCUGGCAACCCUCCCGGGCCACAUUUGUUCCCAGGUACCUCAUGGGAAGCAUGUGGAUGACACAAACCCUGGGGCUGUGCAUUCCUACAUGUCUUCUUGCUGCAGCCUGCCCCUAGACGUGGACACACUGGCCCGGCUGCAGCUGGGCAGCAGGGGUAGGGUGGGGGACCUCCCCUCCCUGUAUCACCCACCUCCCUACACACACACACUGCCUCCCAUCCUUCCCUUAUGCCCACCAGUGCAAAGGGAAGGGCUUGGCCAGCGCUGUUGAGGGGUCCCCUCUGGAAUGCACUGAAUAAAGCCCGUGCAGGGACUCCCAGAGCCUGCGCAGCCUCGGUGGCAAAUAUCUCAUCCACCGGCCCCCAGGACAAGUGGUAUGACCAGUGAUGGUGCCCCAAGGACAAGGGGCAUGCCUGGUGCCCAGCGGAGUAAUUUAUGCCUUAACCUUGUUUUGAGGUAGAAAGGGGGACGCAUCAAAGGCAUCUGUCCCCGUGCACAGUACGACCUUUACUGUCGUAAAUAUUUUUGAAAAAUUAAAAAUACAGUGUUUAAAAACAACCAAGCACUGACAUCCCAUUCUGUGGGCAGAGCGCAUCCCAUUGACCUGCACACUUACCUUUGAAGGAGAAGUAGUAGAUGAGGGGUUCCUUGCUUCCUUCCCUCCUACCUCUGCAUGUCACAAGGGACUCAUCCACCAUCUGCUGCCCACAUCAUGCCCUCUAAGUAGCUGGCUGGCCUCCAUGUGAUGUCUCCAGUGGUGGAGCACUCUCUCGCCCAAGAUCGCCCUUUCAUCUUUGGCCUGUGUGGAGGGUUAGGACCCAACGUUUCACUGUAGCUUCCCCGCUUGCCUCCAGCUCUUCCCUCACAUCCCUCCCAGACUUCUCCAGGCCAGUUUCAUUGCUAACCCUCUUACACUCUGACUUUAACCAGGGGGUCUUCCAUUCUAUUCUUGUGCCAUUCACAUCUUCGAAUCCCAAUUAGAAGAACCUUGGAAAUUAUUUGAUCUUGUUUUACAUAAAUGAGGACACUCAGAACCAGAGAGAGCCCUAGGCUCCCACAGCAAAACCUAGACUAAACCCAAGACUGCUAUCUCCCAAGCCAGAUUCUAUCAUUCAAGCCCAACCUCAGAAGGGCUUGUUGCAGAGCAAAAGGUGAAAAUGGUGAAACUAAAAUUUCAGUAUCAAAACCCAUCGCCUUCUAAUAGAAUCAGAAGGAAUUGGUGUUAGAUCAUA